UUUCCCUGGAAAAAAAACAUGGACGCUGUUAAAACUUUUUGCGCGUCUUGGCGGGUAAUGGAUAAACAAGAAACCGGAUCUUUUUGGAAGCGACCAAGCGAGAGCUGUCACUGAACUGUCAUUUCGCUUAGAAUGAAAGAUAGAAUGCCAGAAGGAAAUGAAAGUGAACGGGAUCAUCCCUGGAGACCUUGAAACUGAUGCAAAGUGUACCACCCCAAGCACUUGCCACAAGACCUCUGUGAAGACUGGAAACCUCCAGAAGCUCUUAAAUCCACUACCCAAGCAGGUCCUUCCCCUGAAAACCCCUGAACUGGAGCCGAAGGCCAAGAGCCUCACUUCAAGCCCGUCAAGCCGGAGCCAGGCCAUCGGAGAGACCUGGGACAGCGCCUCUGUCUGCAGUCCGCAUGCUGCAAAGCUCCGCGUUCCCACCCCUCACCCCUCAAUUAAGAUUGGCAAGGAUACCUGCCUGGUGCCAUUCAGGAUAGGCCACAGCCGGUCCAGCCAGGGCGUGUCUCGUCUGGAGAAAGACUCUCAGAGGAGCGGGAUCCUGCAGACGAAUGGCUGUAGAAAAUCCAAGGAAAGGUCUUCUCAUCCUGUGACUACCCCAGCAGGAGGCAGCAGCAUGGUGUCAGCACGCGCCUGUGCAAAGAGGAAGGGGGAGCAUGUGGUAGAUGGCGGUAGGGAUUUGAAGAGGCCCCGUUUCCAGGAUUUGAGGCUGUCCGUCACGACCAAAGGCUGCGAGCCCGCUUUGGAUCACAGCCAGAAGCCGAACAACAAGGCAAGGCUGCAGCCACAGGAAGUGGCCGCGCCCGCACGCAGCCCACCAAGGUCAUGGACCCCUGCCACUGCCACCUCGCCUACUGCUAUAGAACGCACAGAGCAGCCCCAUACCUCUACAUCCCCACGGGUUGGGGCAGUGUCUGGCACAGGCGAUGACGGUGCAGACGCAAGCCCCCUUGCAGGCUCUCACAGCCAUGAGCUCCCGGACAGUCCAGCGAAAGGAAGCGCAGAGAACUCAGGCUUCCUGGACGGACCGGAGAGAGGGAGCGACGAGGACUGGGACCUGUCGGGCCCAGAGCUUGACCUGGGGCCGUCUGUGGGUGGGAACAGCAGUACUGACAGUACAGACAGUGAAGGUGAGCCACUGCUCUCCCUGCAGGAGAUCCUGGACCGCAGCACCCGCCCUCCUGCCACCCCAGAGAAGGGCGCCUUCGCCGAGCCUCACACGCCCGUCCACAAGUUACCCCCUCUAGCAGACAAAAGCAGGCCUGUGAAUUACAGGAACACCCUAGAGCAGAUGCUGAAGGAGAAGGAGGAGAACCAGAGGUCGAAAGAUACCGAGUUGAAGCUGCUUAUGUCCUGCGAAGAGAACCUGCUGAAACUGGAGGAGGACAGUCCUGGUGAUGGCACUGCAGAGGAGGGCAUUUCACCUGAGCACAGGGCGAUCCUGAAGAGGUUUUCUCUGGUCUCCAACGGUAUCCCAGACGUACACCCGGGAGAGGAAGUGUUCACUUUGUCCAACUUCGGCCGGUUCUUUACCCAGCAGAGCCUGGACCUGAGGAGCUGUGCAGUGACUCCGCAGACCACAGCUCAGAAAAUCCUCCUACAGGCCAGUCCAGAUGAGCUGCUCUUCCUCAUCAGCACAGGGAUGCUACUGAAGGCAUAUCGCUCUUCCCCCUGCCAGCCCGCUGUGACUGGCUGGCUCUUCCAGAUGAUGUCUGUUCACUUGGACCGAAAGACUUCCACUCAGAUUCUUCGGUCGAUGAAGGACAUCGCCUUAAUUGCUGCCGACCAAAUAACGGUGAACAAGAGCAGGAAGUUUGAGGUGUGGACGCCCAGCAUUCAGGACGUAGUGCUCAUCUUCCUCAACAUGGGGGUCCCAUUUGCCACCCUGUUCCCCCUGGAGGCGCUGCAGCCCCCCUUCUCUGAGGCAGACAUUUUGCAAAGCUCGAACUGUUCGGAGGAUGUCAGCAGCGAAAAGCUGGAACCACGCUCUUUUCCAGAGCACUGUUUUGAGAAUGUCAUCAAGUACCUGGCCCUGUGCAUGGCGUUGUGUCCCAGAGCCUACGGCGACGGGGAGCUGCUGCUGCUGCUGACGAUGGUUUGCAGAGCGAGCCUGGAGACUCGGCUGCAGCUGCUGCCCAUGGAGGACACGUGCUGGCUCCUGCACCACCUGCUGAACAACACCAGAGACUGGGACUCUCAGUUACCUCAGAUAUGCGUAGCAUUGACUGACCUGACGGAGAAUCACCACAACCUUCGUCGGGUAGUGCAACUGCUGCCUGACCACAAACGCGGAAAGCAACUCAGGAAACAUCUUAGUUUAUCGAUCAUCUCCAAGCUUUUAAACCGCAGAUGCACAUACAAGCCCGUUGCCACUGAAUUUCAGCUGUCGGCCCUGCAGCAGUACCUGCCCCGGAUGAGGCCGUCCUCACUGCUGUCUGCCCUCUUUUCGGUGAAGACGACGGAGGAUCAAGGGGAGGAAGACUGUUCUGUCUCUCUGGACCAGCAGGCUUACUACCUCUGCUACAGUCUGCUGGCUUUGACAAAUGAAGCAACAAACUUUGACACUUUCCCCUCAGACCAAAAGGACCAGCUGGACCUGCUCUCUGCUGAACUGGAGAAGUACAUCAAAUGUGACAUCAGGGAGGGAGAGAAGUGGCUGUACAGAAGCAAGGUGAAGGACUUUGUUGCCAGGAUCUAUACCAGAUGGCAGAUUCUCCUUCAUAAAUCCAGGCCUAUGCAGGGUAAACUGCAUCAUUUCUGGCAGCCGUUGCCUGAGGACACCCUAUCCAGCAGCCAGGAGAGCCAGCAGCCCCAGUCUGAGUCUGUCACGAACACGCCUGAGCCACAGACAGGUGGCAUCUCUUAGCACAAGACUCCCUGGAGACAAGACCGGCAUUAAAAAAAAAAAGAAUACCCAAAAAAGCUUUAUUUUUAUUUACUUUGACAGAGAGACUGCAUAAAUAUCAGGUGCAACAUUGGUAACUGGACUUAAUGCACUGAGAAAUCUUGUCAAAUGAAAACUUGCUAGGUACAACACAAAAUUCUGUUCAUUUAAAAUGCCUUGUGUUGCUGUGUCAUCCUGCAUGGAGGACCUUGUUCACCUGAGAACCAUGGCUGUGUAACAGCAGUCCUGCUGCUGACCCAUGCCAAGUGCUUCUGCAUUAUACGCUGUCAGCAGCCUGCACAUUAGGGGAGGCUUGGCAUCCAGUCUUGCACUGAAAAAAAAAAAAACAUACCUUAACGAUGCAUUACAUUUCACAUGUUCCCAGUUCCUGUGUAUAGCACUCGUUUGCAAGUAUCCGUGUCAUUGCACGACCUGGACUUGAGCUGGAUGCCUCCCUCCCCAGAGAUAAGGAGUAGCCAAGUCCAUAACACGGGAGGUUAAAUGGCUGUCCUGUGCUGUUAAACUCCUGUGCUGUCAUUUUGUCUCGUCAUCUCUGCCCUACUCUGAUAUAUUCUGUUCUACUCUGUUCUGUGUUGUUAAAGCACAUUUUAAGUGAUGCUACUGUGUUUCUCCCCGUUUGAUAUUUGUCUCUUUGUUCUUACUGUAAAGUGUGUAUAGGUUGCUUUGAUUGUGGGGCCAUAGGUGAAGUCUGAGAACUCUGAGGUUAAUGGUUGAUUACCAAUCAUUAAUGCUUUUGAAAUUCAUAUCUUUACAAGCCUGGUUUACUACAUAUAAAUUUGAUUAAAAAACAUUGAUCAGAGACUAUUAGCAAGACUGUAAAAGGCACAAUGUAUAAAAACGACUGCAUGCAGGAAUAGUACCUUAAAUUUAAGAUGGUGAAUACUUGCAUUUACUAUCUCAAAACCCUCAGUGUCCAUGGUUAAGUUUCUGAUCCAUGCAGUCAGUACUGCGGGCACAGGGAACCACUUUUAUGCAGUCUGAUGUUCAGCUUUUUUAAAAAACAUUGCUCAUAAUAUUGGCUUAUUAAUUUUCCGAACAUGAAAACAUUCAGUGGUUGUGUUCGAGUCCUUUGGGUUUAACUCUGUGUUUUCUCCUCUGCUCUGUUAACCUUGUAAGAAAUUCUGCUGGUGGAGGGAAUGAUGGACAAGCUGGUGACCUAUAACCUCAUAACAUUCUCAAAAUAUCUGUAACCUAUAGCAUUCUCAAGCAUAUGUAUAACCCCAUAGCAUUUGUAAGAAUGGACAUGCACUAUUAAAGUCACAUAACACUUUCAGUGUUGGUGACUUGUAUAGAAUUGUACAUAGUUUGAUACAAACCUCCCCCUUCCCUCUUUGAUUUAAAUUGCUUUUGAAAUGUGUUUUAUAUGUACCUGUUGAACAUGUCCUGCCAUAUUUAGGUAUUUUAUCAUAAUUUCUACUUUUGAGAUGUUUUGAAAAUUAUAUUUAUAAUUGUACAGAGAAUUAGCAAUUCUUCAAAAGACCUCUUGUCUUUUACCUGGAAAGAUAUUGGUCAAAUUUUGUCACUUACGAAUUUUUGUACUUUUAUUGCAGUAACAGAAAGGAGACAAAUAAAUUUAUCUGGUGCAAAACAAAA